UACGCCGGACAAGAUGCCAAGUAUCCUUUACUUUCUCAGUGCCGUCGUCAUAAUUGUUCCAUUACAAUCGAGUAGACAACCGAUAAAGAACCGAUAUCAUAAUCUUUACGACGAUAAUAUGAGCGGACGCGAGUUGAUGAAUAUAUUUGAUUUUGGUAUUGGAGCUCUACACUUUUUACAACAAGGUCAAUAUUAUAUGAAUCAUGAAGUACCGGAUAUGGUUCCGCAAUUUGGAGCAGUGUACGAUUUCGUGGUAAUAGGCGCCGGAACAGCCGGUGCCACGAUAGCUGCGAGAUUGAGUGAGAUUCAUCAGGUUGAAGUGUUAUUGAUCGAAGCUGGAUCUAAAGAAAAUUUUCUUAUGGAUAUCCCGCUUCUCGUUUACAUGUUGCAGCUAAGCGACGAUAUUAAUUGGAAGUAUCAAACCAAAUCGUCCAACAAAUAUUGUCUUGGCAUGGAAGGCAACAGGUGUAACUGGCCUAGAGGCAAAGUAAUGGGCGGAAGUAGCGUGCUAAACUAUAUGAUCGCAAGCAGAGGAGGCGCCGAGGAUUACGAUCGAUGGGCUAAAAUGGGAAAUGAGGGUUGGGCUUACAAGGAUGUCCUCAAAUACUUUAAAAAGCUGGAGACAAUCGAUAUUCCAGAGCUGCAAUCAGACACUAUUUAUCACGGAACUAAGGGACCGUUACAUAUCUCUUAUCCAUUAUUCCAUACGUCAUUGGCAAAGGCUUUCUUAAACGCUGGCAAAGAGUUGGGAUACCCGCUGGUGGAUUAUAACGGAAAGAAUACGAUAGGAUUUUCAUAUGUGCAGGCCACAAUAAUAAAUGGCACCCGCAUGAGCAGCAACAGAGCCUAUCUACAUCCAGCAAGAAAUCGCCGGAAUCUUCAUGUAACACGCGAAAGCAGGGUAAAAAAAAUAUUGAUUAAUCGUCAUACAAAUCGGGCGAUUGGCCUGGAAUUUAUCAAACAUCAUCAAAUUAUCAGGGUGUUUGCGAGUAAAGAAAUAAUUUUAUGCGCGGGUGCCAUUGGAUCACCACAAUUACUAAUGUUAUCUGGCAUCGGACCGGCCAAACAUCUUAAUGAGCUCGGCAUAAACGUCGUUCGGGAUUUGCCGGUUGGUGAAAAUCUGAUGGAUCACGUAGCUUUUGGCGGGCUAACAUGGACAGUAGAUGACCCAGUAAGUAUUCGAAUAAUUGAUAUAAUAAAUCCCACUUAUCCGUAUAUGAAAGACUUUCUGAUGAAACAAUCCGGACCAAUAACGGUCCCAGGUGCGUGCGAAGCCCUCGCUUUCAUUGACACCAAAAAUUCAACGAAACUUCAUGGUUUACCGAACAUUGAAUUGCUAUUUACUGGUGGUGGAUUGAAAGGAGAUUUAAUUCUACCGACUGUAAUGGGUUUGAACAAUGCAAUGCGUCAGAUAUGGAACAAAUAUAUCAUCACUUACGGCUGGACCAUACUACCGAUGUUAUUGAAACCAAAAAGUCGUGGAUGGAUAAGACUAUUGGCCAACGACAUCAACGUUAAACCUGAAAUCGUUCCAAAUUACUUCGACAAUCCGGAAGAUGUUAAGACGAUGAUGGAAGGCAUUAAAGCUGCAAUAAGCGUCGGUCGAACGAAAGCAAUGAAACUGUUUGGUUCACGAUUGACAAACGAUACUUUUCCUGGAUGUGAAAACUACGAGUAUGAUUCUUACGAUUAUUGGGAGUGCGCGAUGAGGACGGCAUCUCUUACUAUCUAUCAUUAUAGUGGCACUUGCAAGAUGGGACCGAAAGAAGAUCCGACUGCUGUCGUCGACCCUAGAUUAAAGGUGAUUGGCAUUCAAGGAUUGCGAGUAGCAGACGGUUCCAUCAUGCCUGAAAUUAUAUCAGCCCACACAAAUAUACCUAUUUUUAUGAUUGCUGAAAAGCUGGCAGAUAUGGUCAAAGAAGAUUGGGGAUACUUGAACGAAUCAUAA